GGGGACUGUCGCGCUCAUGGAGGCAGAGGGCGAUGACAGGACUGACAUGUCCUUACGGCGAGAGCGUGCCGUCAUCGCAGCACAAGCUUGUCAAACUUGUCGGAGCCGAAAAUCCAAAUGUGAUGAACAAAGGCCCAAGUGUGGCCUCUGUCGCCGGCUCAGUGUUGAGUGUGUCUACAGAGAACCUCAGCCUACNAAAGUAAGUCUGGCAUCCAACCACGUGCACGACUACUAUAUGCUAAGAUUUACCGUGUGUAGAAAGGACAAGACCAUGAUCUACAUUCUUCAGACUUUGCAACGGCUCGAGAACAAGUUUGACACCCUAUACGUAUCGAAACCCUCGACUCCGGCGAGCAAUGCCGACUGGAGCACUUCACAAUCUGGACCACGNCCCCCAGGAGUCAAUGGUACCAUGGGAGCUUCCGGCUCUAAUGAAUCUCACGUAUCUUCUGAUAGCGAAAUUCGCCCAGGAGGCCGCAUGGGAUCUCAAUCAUCGUUUCCUCCGGACAUGCUGCGCACGUAUCAACACUUGACCGUGGCUCACAAAGUCUUGCUUUGGCCAUCGAUAUAUCUCCAUAUUCUGAAUUCUGGGAUCGCCGUGGCCUCGGAUCUACAAUAUGUGCUCCAAGAAGGGACACCUUGGUUCAUCCAUCUCGAAUUACACAAGCACCCCAAGACGCUUCCCUGGGAUACCGAUAUGCGAACGUAUCCAAUGCCUAGCAGUACUGGAGAGAUGAGGGCUGGCUUUAUAGGUUUGACGCCAGAAAAUGUGCGAAGAAUGAGCGAUGCAUACUUUAGUACCUUCAACAUCCUGUUCCCGAUUCUCGACAGACAAAUGUUUCUCGAAGACAUCCUCGAGCCGGUCUUGCGAAAUGGGUUUGCCGACUGCGAUCCUCAAGGCUGUCUUGUACUACUUGUUCUAGCCCUCGGUCAAACCGCCAUCGAUGGUGUCUAUGGCUCACCGAUCAGCAUCAUUGAGGGUAAUCCCAGUGGCCUACGUGGAGGUACAUCGGAGAGACCGCCUGGUCUAAAUCUUUUCAACGAGGCUCGAAGGCGUAUGGGAUUCAUUAUGCAUCAAUGCACGCUUGAGAAUGUGCAGAUACAUCUGCUCGAAUCUGAAUCCAUUGACUGGUCCACACCACGAGCCGACCUCAUAAAGCGUGCAUAUUGGGCGUGGAUUCAUACGUUGGAAGAUCAAGUCCCACUUCCUUACUUCCACGGCUCGGAAAGCAACUACGGCAGUCCUUCGGAUGAAAAGUCACAUUUUCAAUAUCACUUCCUUGCAAUGAUAGCUUUGCGUAGAUUGGUCGCGCGAAUCCACGAGUCAAUACAUUGCUGUAAGUAUCCCUUCGAGAAGGAGCGGGCAGCAGCUGACUACAUGCANGCAUCCAAUGCGGCGGCCGAGCUAUCCGAGGACUACGGUGGUCCACCGGUACACGUCAUCAAGGAGUUGGCCCGACAAUUGGAAUCGUGGCGCUCGCUUCUUCCUCGACCUCUGCAGUGGUCGGACAAUGACAAGACCGAGUUUCCCAAUAUGGGAUCGACAGGAAGACACGGUACAGACUCACUCUUCUCAAUGGACCAAGGAUCUGUCCCGAUCAACCACCGAGACAACCUGGACAUCAUGACAGCACAACUAAGAACGCAGUUCUACUACGCUCGGUUUAUGAUCUACCGGCCAUUUGUUUACAAAGCGUUGCACUUCCCUGAGCUGAUGACGGAAGAAGAUCAAAUAUGCUGUGCUCUCGCGAUACAGUCGGCGUGUCUAUGGCCGUUGAUCCUUGCGCCGCCCAAGAACAAGAAACGGCUGGUGCCACACCUGUUUACGUGGACGCAGAAUUUUGUGGGCAUAUUGCUCAUACUGCGCAUGACGACGGAAAACGAAUGCUUGAAGAAAAUAUGUAACGAGAGAGUGAAUCGAAAGGACCUGGAGCAGACGACGACGUUGAUGCUGGAAUGGAUCCAGGACAUCAAACAAGUAGAUGGAAUCGCGGAAUGGAGUUGGAAGAUGCUGGGGCCGCUGUACUCGCGGCAUGGC